GGAGGCGAGGGGGGAAAUGGCCGCUGUGAACCCGGAAGUGGAAAUGACGUAUCGGGGGAGUGUCGCUUUCUUUUCCGGUCGGGCGGCGUGCUCUGGAGAGGGAGCCGAGCCGUGGCCGAGAUGAGCGUCCCGGCCUUUAUCGACAUUACGGAGGAGGACCAGGCUGCAGAACUCAGGGCUUACCUGAAAUCCAAGGGAGCGGAGAUCUCCGAAGAGAACUCCGAAGGCGGGCUCCACAUUGACUUGGCCCAGAUCAUCGAAGCCUGCGACGUGUGCCUGAAGGACGACGACAAAGAUGUUGAAAGUGUGAUGAACAGUGUAGUGUCUUUGCUUCUUAUUCUGGAACCUGACAAACAAGAGGCUUUGAUUGAAAGUCUGUGUGAGAAACUGGUCAAAUUUCGGGAAGGUGAACGUCCAUCUCUCAGGCUGCAGCUGCUAAGCAAUCUCUUCCAUGGCAUGGAUAAGAAUACCCCUGCGAGGUACACAGUCUACUGCAGCCUUCUCAAAGUAGCCUCCUCCUGCGGUGCAAUACAAUACAUUCCAACUGAACUAGAGCAGGUUCGAAAAUGGAUUUCAGAUUGGAAUCUUAGCACUGAAAAAAAGCAUACUCUUCUUAGACUCCUGUAUGAUGUGUUGGUGGACUGCAAGAAAAGUGAUAAUGCAGCAAAAGUAAUGGUGGAGUUACUGGGAAGUUAUACAGAAGACAAUGCCUCCCAGGCAAGAGUUGAUGCCCACAGAUGUAUUGUCCGUGCACUAAAGGAUCCAAAUACCUUUCUUUUUGAUCAUCUUUUAGCCUUAAAACCAGUCAAAUUUUUGGAAGGAGAACUUAUUCAUGAUCUUUUGACCAUUUUUGUAAGUGCCAAGUUAGCAUCCUAUGUCCGGUUUUAUCAGAACAACAAAGACUUCAUUGACUCUCUUGGCUUGUUGCAUGAACAGAACAUGGCAAAAAUGAGGCUGCUCACUUUUAUGGGAAUGGCAGUAGAAAGCAAGGAAAUCUUAUUUGACACCAUGCAGCAGGAGCUUCAGAUUGGAGCUGAUGAUGUGGAAGCAUUUGUUAUUGAUGCUGUGAAAACAAAGAUGGUGCAUUGCAAAAUUGACCAAACACAGAGAAAAGUAGUUGUCAGUCACAGUACACACCGGACCUUUGGAAAACAGCAGUGGCAACAACUCUAUGACACACUUAACUUCUGGAAACAAAAUUUGAAUCAAGUGAAAAACAGUCUUCUUAGUUUGUCCGAUACUUGAUUCUUUUAUCUAUUUCCUGGCUUGUCUAAAAUGGAAAGUCAGCUAUAGUAAAACUUUGAGCUUGUUUAAAAAAAUUCAAAAUAUGAAAUAAAGUUGAAAUUGGAAUAAAUCUUAAAAA